UGUUGGGCCGCCUGAAGCGGUGCAGGGCCUUUGCUCGCCUCCGGGCUGAAGCGAGAGCAAUGCAUGGCUGCAGCCAGGCAGGCGCACGGCAUAAGAAGCGGCGCGCAAGGCGGCCUUUGGCCUCACCGUCUCACCCAUCCGGCUUGCGUGGCUCUCUCCGUCUAUAUUCCUGCGCCGUCCCUACCUUCUCCCGCGACACCCUCACUGCAACUCCAUCCUCGCGCAACAUAACCCUCUCGUCGAGCAUGGACCGCACAAACGAAGAGCGCUCGUCAUCGCCUGCGCUGUCCGUCACAUGCGACGGCGGCUGGCGCGUGGUUGCGCCGCCGGAAGAGCUGCUGUGUGUCCAUCGUGCAAACGGCCGCUUGCUUCAGCAGCCAGACUACAUUUGCAGAGAAUAUGCAGAGAGGAAGUGCUUCCUCGGAUGCAAUUGCCCGCCGCGGGCCGUAACCGUACUUCCGCUCGAUGAGCCGAUAUUGUCAAACCCGUGCAAGUGGUGGCGCGCCGUGGGUGGCCUUUCGCAGGACACAGCUGCGGACGCUGUCAGAGAGAAGCUGAUGCUGCACAAUGCUGUCAGGCUCCCGCACAGCAUACAGAGAGCAAUGGGCUGCUCGGCCGGAGCGUACUUCAUGCUUUUGGGUGCCGAGCUGCACGAGCCGAUCCUCAAGAUGGAGCGCUGGCUGACGGCUCGAACGGCCGAUGUUGACCAUGCAACCCUCUGGGACACAGGUAGCGACGUCCUCGGCCUCUACGGAUCGAAGGACAAUCGCGACCUGCUGCGCGAGCUCCCCGGCACGUUCCACGCCUUUGAGGUGAUUGUGCUGCAGCAACCGGGCCGCUUUUUGGACACCCACGACCUCGGCACACUGGUCACCAACUUCAGCCGCGAGAUGAGACUGGACCAACACAUGCAGCACAUUAUCGACGAGAGGGCCAGCCAAAUUGCGCCUUUGGUCUACGUCCCGCCUCUGCCUCGGCUGCGCCUGCCGCUGAACAUCAUCAGCGUCGCCUUGAUCACUCUCGCGCAGCUUCUGCGGUACGAGCACAAGCUCGGGAGCACCACUCUCGCUCUGUCGCUGGAACUGCAGCGUCUGCGCGAAGAAAACGAGUAUUUGCUGCAGCUGGUCGAGGCCGACUCCUUUGCCGAGUGGCGCACAAGCCUGCGUCGCCCAGCCAGUCUCCCGCCUCUACCGUCUCCGAUGCCAGGGCCCGUCAAAGCAAGACGGGCAUACGCGGAUCCCUUCAGCGGCGCACAGGCAGCAUCCAACGACGAUCAGGACGACCUCACGCAAGCUUCGCCGGAGCACAGCGGGGCCGGGGGCGGAGCUGGCCGCGGCAACACGCGCUUGAUGCCGUCUGCCGAGUACAUUGCCGAGCACGAGCGACACGGCUACAGCAUCAGCUUCGAGGUGCCUCACGACAGAUGCGACGCCGAUACGAAGACGUGGUAUUCGCAGCGCCUCGAGCCCAGCGAGAAACGCCUCUGAGCUCAGGUCGAGGAGGCGGAGCGCCAGUCCAUGAGCGGUCCCGACGGCAGCAUCUGCGCUGCUGGUCUGAAACGCCUGCGCGACCUCGAUCCUGACAGCGAUGACUAUGCGUUGAGCAAAUUCCUCGCUGCCGUCGACGAGCGCAUGCACUGGCAUUACCAUGCCAGGCAGGAGCGGCGCCAGCUACGGGAGCGCGCCGAGCUGGAGGCUGAGCAGGCUGCAGCCCUCGAGGAGCGGCAGCUGGCGGACGACUCGGGGAUCACACUGCGGCUCGAGUGGCGUCAGGUGCCGUGAGGACGCUCCUGACCAUAAGGCUGAGCGCACGCGACGCGCCACGCCCCCUCUCGCUUGGGAGAACAUCGUG